AUGAGCACACCCAAGUUUUUCGUUGUUGCACGCGUUGUUGGACGAGACGGUGCCCUUCCAUUGUGGAAAGACCGUUUAGUUGCCCUUUGUGGCGUAUCCUCAACAGAGCCUCUUGGUGACUCAUACUACUGGGGCCAGGAUCUGGAUGGCGAGCCAGACACACUCUGGGGCCUGGAAGGCUACACCCAUCCAAUCGGAUUCUUCCUCGGCCAUGUCUCAACUGAUAUCUUCAAGGAAGAGAUGGCAAAAGUUGACGCGGAUGCAUUGCUAAGACAUGAACAAGGUCUUGCGAGCCCUGAUUAUGAUCUCCACCACUACGACUGGGCAGGAGGCUGGCUCAAGCGUGAUAACGACCCUGACCGUGAUUCAACUACCAGCAAUGUAGUUGUCUAUCAUUUCUGGGUCAAAGACUCGAGUCAGCGUGGAGAGGUGCUCAGUGAGCUGCGCGGAUUUGCGGCAGGUCAAAAGGGGCUGUCCGAUGGGCUGCUCCAGAGUUGUGGCCUCCUAGAGGAGUGUAGGGACGACAAAAUGCUUACAAUGUGGCUACGAACUACCAGUGCUGAUGGAAUGGAACGGUUUUUUUCAUCGAGUCCAUUCCAGUCACUGCUUGCUAAAAUCAAGCCAAUGGUAGGCAAAGAGGAGAUUCACAGAUCGCAAACAUUCAAUGGCCACCUGGACAUCAAGCCAAACCCCUGA